AUGCCCCGCUCCUUUCUGGUGAAGAAGAUCAAGCUGGAUGAUUUCUCCUCGUCUCCUGUGGUGGCAUCUAACCAUCAUCAUCAUCAUCAUCAUCACCAUCAUCACCACCAUAACCUGGAUGAGUCCUUCACUUUCACUCGCUCCAUCACGGACUCCGUAACCAGUUUGGGCAUCCGGCUCAGUGAGAAUGGCUACAUCCAGGACUACAUCAGUCCAUCAGCAUAUCAGGGUGAGAAGAAGCUUAGCUCGGCUGUGUCUGACCCACUCUACGCUCCGGUAAACAGUGGAGGAGAGGAGUACUGUGAGCCAGACUUGGAGCAUCCAGACAGCCCUCAGUCCGGCUUGACGGCCCGCGGCUACUACAGCGGUGAAUCGGAAAGCCAGAGCGAUGGCUACACGGCAGACGGCUUCUUCAUCUCAGAUGGUCGUUCACGCAGGAGAGGCGAGGCCAAAGAGGCACGCAAAGGAAGUGUGGAAGCAAAGGAGUCGGGCGCGAGACACACAUGUAACGAGUGCGGCAAGACAUACGCCACAUCAUCCAACCUGAGCCGCCACAAGCAGACGCAUCGCAGCCUGGACAGCAAGAUGGCACGCAAGUGUCCAACGUGUGGCAAGGUGUAUGUGUCCAUGCCAGCACUGGCCAUGCACGUGCUCACGCACGACCUCAAGCACAAGUGCAGUGUGUGCAGCAAGGCGUUCAGCCGCCCAUGGCUGCUGCAGGGCCACAUGCGCUCACACACUGGUGAGAAGCCAUUUGCAUGCGCCCACUGUGGCAAGGCCUUCGCUGAUCGCUCCAACCUGCGCGCCCACAUGCAGACACACUCUGCCUUCAAGCACUACCGCUGCAAGCGCUGCCACAAGACCUUUGCGCUCAAGUCGUAUCUGAACAAGCACUAUGAGUCAGCCUGCUUCAAGGGCUCUGGAGAUGAGGAUGAGUCCGGCUCGGAGAAUUGA